UUUGGACAAUCAAAACGUCAAAUCUACUCCGUAAUCUGUAUCUCGUUCCAUUUCAUUAGUCAUUUAAUAAUUAAUUGAAUACGUGCGCUGAUUUUAGGUGUACGUUCGUAUGUAAAUAGUGCUACUUUGGUAAUAAGUGGGCGAAAUGUUUAGUUGGUUAACCAGAAGUAGCGACAAAGAAGAAGUGUACGAAAAUGUGGUCCAGGGUCUUAAAAAUAUUUACAAAAAUAAGUUGCUGCCUCUUGAACUGCAUCACCAAUUCCACGAUUUUCACUCUCCCCAAUUGGAAGAUUCAGAUUUCGAUGCGAAACCUAUGAUUCUUUUAGUCGGUCAAUAUUCUACAGGAAAAACAACCUUUAUCAAAUAUUUAUUGGAACGUGAUUUUCCUGGAAUCCGGAUUGGACCCGAACCGACUACUGAUAGAUUUAUAGCGGUUAUGUACGAUGAUAAGGAAGGUAUGAUCCCCGGAAAUGCUCUUGUAGUUGAUCCUAAAAAACAGUUUCGUCCCUUAUCGAAAUUUGGCAACGCCUUUCUAAACAGGCUACAAUGUUCCUUGGUACCUUCACCUGUGCUGAAAAAUAUUUCCAUAGUGGACACACCCGGUAUUUUAUCGGGCGAAAAGCAACGCGUUGAUCGUGGUUACGACUUUACGGGAGUGCUGGAGUGGUUUGCGGAACGUGUCGAUCGUAUAAUCUUGUUAUUCGACGCACAUAAGUUAGAUAUAUCGGAUGAAUUUCGUAGAUCAAUUGAAGCUUUAAGGGGACACGAUGACAAAAUACGGAUCGUGCUCAAUAAGGCCGACAUGAUCGACCAUCAACAACUGAUGCGGGUGUACGGUGCUCUCAUGUGGUCGUUAGGAAAAGUAUUACAGACUCCCGAAGUCGCUCGCGUCUAUAUUGGCUCAUUUUGGGAUCAACCCCUACGUUAUGACGUUAAUCGUAGGUUAUUUGAAGAUGAGGAACAAGACUUAUUUAGGGAUUUACAAUCUUUACCUCGUAACGCGGCGUUGCGUAAAUUAAACGAUCUAAUCAAGCGUGCUCGGCUUGCCAAGGUACACGCUUACAUCAUUUCGGAACUAAGGAAGAAUAUGCCGCCGAUGUUUGGCAAGGACUCUAAGAAAAAGGAGCUAAUCAAGAAUUUAGGUCAGAUCUAUGACAAACUACAGAGGGAACAUCAAAUAUCGUAUGGCGACUUUCCCGACAUAAAAAAAAUGCAGGAUGUUCUACAAAAUCAAGAUUUCACAAAAUUCCAUCCAAUUAAGCCCAAACUACUUGAAAUUGUGGAUCGCAUGUUAGCCGACGAUAUAUCAGUAUUAAUGGCGAAAAUACCACAAGAGGAGGUGAAUCAUGUCGAGGCCGAGACGAUUAUCAAAGGGGGUGCUUUUGAGGGCGUCGAGGAUACGAUCUCGCCAUUCGGAUAUAAACGUGGCGAAGGCAUCGAUGAGGGCUAUGGUGAACCAGAAUGGGUCGUUGGUAAACAUAAACCUCAAUAUGAUACCAUAUUUUAUGGAUUGGGACCAAUGGAUGGUAAAAUCACAGGAGCUGUUGCGAAAUCGGAGAUGGUGAAAUCAAAAUUGCCCAAUUCAGUGUUGGGGAAGAUAUGGAAAUUGGCUGAUGUCGACAAAGAUGGAAUGUUGGACGCUGACGAAUUUGCUCUCGCAAUGCACUUAAUCAAUAUAAAAAUUGACGGCAAUGAUUUACCAUCUGACCUACCUGAUCAUCUGGUACCUCCUACAAAGCGCUAAUAUGUGCACUGUAAUGGAUAAAAUCAUACUUCAUAUUCCACAAGUGCUAUUUAUUAUUACAUUUAUCUUUGUGCCUCUUUAAGUAUAGUAUAGACAAGUUUCAAGCGUGCACUUGAUGUCACUAUACCAAAUAUUUCGUUAUAUACUUUACCCCUUUAAUUAAUGUCAAUUGCUGCAUUUGUUUUAAACUGUUAACUGUAAUAUGUUCCCUUUGUAAAAUAAAGCAGGUAAUGUGAUAAAUAUGUACUGUAAAUAGUGUAAUAUUGAUAGGUAAUGUAACUAAGCGUUGUACAGGAUAAUAACAACCAUUAGAGAAAUUAAAGGGUUGUUUGCCUCGAAGGUGAUUCACUCGCUACACAAACACCUAUUGAGGAUAAUUUAAUAUCCUUUAUAGUUAUCAAAUAGUUUUUCUUAUAGAGGUAAUAUAUACAUAUAUAUUUAUUUUUAUAAUUAUAGAUUUGACACAUUUCUUUAUAUGAAACAGUUUUGUAUUUACUGUACUUUUCUCAAUUUUUUAUUAGUCUUUUGUAGAGUAUGUACUGUUCAAUAAUAAGAUAUUCUGUUGGGUAA